AAAAAGCUGCGCUGUUGUGUAACCGUGAUUAUGGGGUAUGUACAUGUUUGUGUAAAGUGGGGGGUCUACUGUACUAUAUAAAACACGCCAGCGCUUGGACACAACUCAUCCUCAACCUUCCCUCACGCUGACUCAGAGACGUGUUCUGCAGUAACCAUGCCGACCACCAUGCUGGGAAUGCUGGGAGUUCUCCUGUGUGUUCUGGCCGUGAGGGCCGACGUGAUGCCUCAGGCCGACUUCGACCUGCAGAAGGUCGGAGGGACGUGGUACCUGGUCGGCUUCGCCACCAACGCAGACUGGUUUGUGAGCCGUAAAGCAGACAUGAAGAUGGGGACGGUUACUCUGACCCCACAGUCCAACGGUGACCUGGAGAUGGACUACUCCAGCCUCAAGUCUGAUGGCCGCUGUAAGAGGAUGAAUCAUCUGGCUAAAAAGACGGACACUCCUGGGAGAUUUGCCUACCGCAGCCACCGCUGGGGCAGUGAUGAUGACAUGCGUGUGGUGGAUGUGAAGUAUGAUGAAUACGCCUUAUUUCACGCCAUCAAGACCAAGGAUGGAUCCUCCCACUUCAUCAACAAGCUCUACAGCCGCACUCAGGAUCCGAGUCAGGCUGUUCUAGAUAAGUUCACCAAGUUCUCUCUGGAGCAGGGCAUCCUGCGCAAGAACAUCGCCAUCCUGCCCAAAAGCGGUCAGACCGUGCUCCUAAACCGCUGA